AUGCAGUACGCAGAGAACACCCCCGCCGUCGACCCCUACUCCGACGCCUACAAUGCGCCACCGCCCGCGGCGAUACCCGCUGGCGGCGACCGCGACGCACCGAGAGGCCGCUCUCGCUCGCGCAGCCGGAGCCCUGGCUAUCGCAGCCCGACUUACAGGAGCAGCCGCCGCUCCCCCGUACCGGCGCCAAAGAGGCCUUCUCAUGCGCCUAUAGCGCCCAAUCCCUCCAACGUGUUGGGGGUAUUUGGCUUGAGCAUCCGCACCACCGAGCGUGACCUCGAGGACGAAUUCAAUCGUUUCGGUCGUGUUGAGAAGGUUGUAAUUGUAUAUGAUCAAAGGAGUGACCGUUCUCGAGGCUUCGGUUUCAUCACCAUGAGCACCGUCGAGGAAGCCACCCGAUGCAUUAAGGAGCUUAACGGUGUCGAUCUCAACGGUCGUCGCAUCCGUGUUGAUUACUCUGUUACGGAUCGGCCCCAUGCACCCACCCCCGGAGAGUACAUGGGUCACCGCCGACGCCGCGACAACAGGGACUCCUACUACGGAGGGCGCGAACGCGACCGUGACUAUAGGGACUCUUACAGGGACCGUGACUCGCGUCGUCAUGACCGUGACAGGGACUACGAUCGCGACCGUGACCCCAGGGAUAGGGAAUACGACCGGGACCACUAUGGUCGUGACAGGGACUGGCGGGACCGUCGUAGCCCUCCCCCUGUGAGGGAAGGCGGAAGGCGAUACUCACCCGACUACCGUCGGAGGAGGAGUUACUCUCGUAGCCCGCCCAGGGGCAGUAGCCCCAGCAAAGGUAGGGACUAUGAUGCAGGUGGUAGCUCCGCGGCCAACGGUGCCGGCGCCGACCCUCGUUGGUGA